AUGCAAUAAUAAUCUCCUGCUACCGAUUAAAUAUUCAAAGAAGAAGGCAUAGUAUGUCAUGCUUACUCCCCUGAUGGUCAAUACUGUGCUGUAUCCUUAAAAAAAUCCAAUGUAAUUGACAUAUACCGCCUAUCCCCUUCCACAUACAAGAAUAUAAACUCUUGGUAAUACGAAACAACCCUAAAAGAGCAUAAACAGACAAUUUCCGAUUUAUCUUUUUCUAUUCAAAAUAAGCUAUUAAGCGUAUCGCAUGACAAGUCAGUUUUCGUCUGGAAAAAAAACAACCAAGACUGGGUAAAAGAAGCCGUAGAUUGUUAGAAUUCUUUAGCUUUUUUGAAAUGCACAUGGAGUAAAAACGGUAAGAAAUUCGCAAUAGGAAGUGGUGAUCAUAAAGUAUAUAUAGGAUUAAUAAAAUAAUGA